UGUGUUGACAUGAACGACAUUUGACUGUUAUUCUCAUUUGUCUCAUAUUAUAAUGAAAUAGUUAUGAUCUAGAUUAGUAUAUUUAUAUUAUAUAAGAUACAUCAGUUUCACAUCUUGCAGACCGACGUAACUGGGCAGCCUUGCAUUUAUCGAAAUCAUGUCUUCAGAAACUAAACAAAAAGCAUUGUUCUAUUUACCUUUCCCGGCAAUGGCAAAAAUUGUUUGUGGACUCCCUCUGUUUGCAACAUUGUUCUGUAUUAUCUGGUCAGUUAUUUAUGAUUUUGAAGAUUCUACUGCAACCCACUGCAGGGUUAGAAAUUACCUCCCGUCAAUCAGUGCAGCUAUUGGAGGGUUUACUCCACAAAGAUAUGUCUGGCGGAUCAGUAUAGCAUUACAUGCGACUCCUCGCUUUUUGAUUGCUAUAGCCUAUUACAACUUCCAUACAUCAAUCCUUGUUGGAAAGCAUAAUGAAUGUUAUAAAUCAGUUGCUGCAUUUACCAGUCUGUGUCAUAUAAUAGAAGUUGGUGCUCUGGUUGGGCUUACUUUUAUCUCUUCAACAGAAAAUCACGAUCUUCAUGAGACCAUGUUUAUAAUCUUUAUGGCUGGUGGUUUAAUUUACAUGUUACUGACCAUAAUCCUAUUUAGAUGUCGUGGUUUUGUCAAAGGUGCUUUCAUGACCAAUGAAGAAACAGCUUCAUUGUGGUGGAAGGAAAAGCUGUUUUUGUUGAACAUAAGUAUAUUUUUCCUGUCCGUGUACAUAUACUUCAGACACAACUGGUAUUGUGAGCCUGGAGUCUACACAUUUUUUGCUGCUGGUGAAUAUGGUGUUGUCGUGACAAAUAUACUCUUUCACUACACAGCUGCUCUAGAUUUUAAAAUUUCAAGACUGUCUUUAUUGACUGCCUCAAAGACUGACUGGUGGGACUCAGAAAAACAGUCAUUGAUGUAGCCUUCAAGAAUUAAUUAUUUGCCACUGUGAUUCUAGGUAUACUUUUUCCCAUAGCUAAAGAUUCCUACCUGAAAUAUUCCAUUAUUUAUGUCAAUGUCAGAAUUAUUAUUAAAGCUGUACAUUUUGUGCUCAUAGAUAAGCUAUCUAUUUUCAUAGUCUUUGCGAGUUAAAUUAUAUACAUGCGAUAUAUUUUUAAAAUCAUAUAACUAUUUUAUAACAUAUUGAAAAAAUUCUUGGCAAACUAUGUUGAUAGAGAUACACAUUUGUUGCUAUCCACUGCCCUAAUGUUGUUAUUGUUGAGCAUGGGUUCUCAAGAGAUCUGCUAAAUUAAAAACAUUUUGUCAUUU